GCGAAAGCCGGCUUGUGAUGUGGCGUCGUCGCAAGCGCACUAACUUCGACCGUUGGCCGCGCUGGUUGAUCAGUAGUGCGCAUUUAGCUGCGAGGUAUAUGUGAGGUGUCGAAGGAGGUGUACGGAAGGAGGUACGCGUGAUCAUUCGCUCGCUCGUUCGAUCGACACGGACACGUUGACGCUUCUCGGCCGCGAGUUGACGAUCCGAUAGACACGGACACGCCGGUGCGUUACCCCCUUCUCUCUGUCUUUCGUCGCCGGUGUCGCGAGGGUGCCGCCGCCGAACCGAGAACGGAACGGCGUAGUGCGUGCUCCGUACGCAGAGACCGCAGGCGCGAGAAGCCGCGUGCAGGAGAGCCGUAUACGUACCGAAUACAGGAGUAAAACAAGCGCGUGAUGUCAACCAAGUCGGGCAGGAAGACCGCGGCAGCGGCGGCGGCGGCCGCUGCGGCGGCAGCCGCCGCAUCUACCGAAGCAUCGGUCUCCGUCGCGUCGUCGUCGUCCAACAUCCAAUCGCCGCCGUCGACGUCGACGCCGAUCGGAACCUCCCGGCGACCCGGCAGCCCGCUCAGCCCGACCCGCUACUCCCGGAUGCAGGAGAAGCAGGACCUGCAAAAUCUCAACGAUCGUUUGGCAUGUUACAUCGAGAAGGUGCGUCUCCUGGAAUCGGAAAAUUCUCGGCUGACCCGGGAGGUGCAGACCACCCAGGAGACCAUCACCCGGGAUGUCACCAACAUCAAGGCCAUGUACGAGCACGAGUUGUCCGACGCGCGGAAGCUGCUCGACGAAACGGCCAGGGAACGCGCCAAGCUCGAGAUCGAUACCAAACGUUUAUGGGAUGAUAACGAGGAUCUCAAAGUCAAAUUCGAUAAGAAAUCGAAGGACCUGCAGAUAGCGGAGCGAAAUGCAAUGAUAUUCGAGACGCGCUGUAGCGACUUGCAGUCACAGUUCAAUCAGUCGCAGGCGGAGCGUAAGAAGCUGUCCGAGAAGGAGCGAGAUUUGGAAAAGGAAGUGGAGCGAUUGAAAGCAUUGCUGGACGACGCUCGCAAGCAUUUGGAGGAAGAGACUCUCCAGCGAAUCGACCUUGAGAACAAUAUUCAGAGUCUCAAAGAAGACAUCAGUUUCAAGGAUCAAGUUUUUCAGCAAGAACUUUCGGAGACUCGUACGAGACGACAAGUUGAAAUAUCGGAGAUCGACGGUCGUCUCGCGGAGCAAUAUGAAGCUAAAUUGCAGCAAUCCUUGCAAGAAUUACGUGAUCAAUACGAGGCGCAGAUGCGUGCAAAUCGAGAGGAGAUCGAACUUUUGUAUGAGAACAAAAUCAAGAAUUUGGCAUCUCACGCUCAGCGUAAUAGCGGAGUCGCCAACAUGGCAGCCGAGGAAUUAAGACAGACUCGCACUCGAAUCGAAGGACUUAACUCAAGAAUCAAUGAACUCGAAGCGUCCAAUAACGCCCUCAAUGCACGCAUUAGAGACUUGGAGAAUUUACGAGAGAACGAACGCGCUCGUCAUGCCGAAAGCUUAGCUGCAUUGGAAGCCGAAUUAACACGUAUGCGAGAUGAAAUGGCUCAGCAGUUGCAGGAAUAUCAAGAUCUUAUGGACAUUAAAGUGGCGCUUGAUUUGGAAAUUGCUGCGUAUCGCAAGAUGCUCGAGUCCGAAGAGGCGAGGUUGAACAUAACACCCAUGCAGUCAACGUCUCUAUCUGGUAGAGCAACUCCGUCCAGACAUACUCCUCUUAGAGGCGGCAAACGGAAACGCACCUUGUUAGAGGAAAGCGAGGAACGCAGCAGUAGCGAUUAUAGUGUUACGGGUAGUGCUAGGGGUGACGUAGAAAUUUCGGAAGCGGAUCCCCAAGGGCGAUUUGUAAAACUCACCAAUAAAGGCAAUAAGGAAAUAAGCUUGGGUGGAUGGCAGAUUAUUCGCAAAGCCGGUGCCCUGGAAACUGUCUUCAAGUUUCAUCGUAGUGUAAAACUCGAUGCGGGUGCUAACGUGAUGGUGUGGUCGGCUGAUAUUGGUGCAACACAUGAGCCACCUUCCAACAUCGUCAUGAAGGGUCAGAAGUGGUUCGUAGGCGAUUACAUGACUACGACACUGACAAACAUCGAAGGAGAAGAAAUGGCAACUUCUGAGCGGAAGAGACAGCAGUUGUCCUCCACUUUGUCCCGACACAGAGAAAUGGGAUACCGGCCUUCAGAAGAACUCCAUCAUCAACAGAGAAGAUAUCUCUACCCGUAUUAAGGGUGAGGGCACACGACUCUGAUGGGCACUUUAUGGCGAUCCCCAGGGUGAAGAGCGUUGCAGCAUUAUGUGAACAUAAAUUUACCAUAACUUUAAGAAUAAUAUCAAAAGAUUUUAAAAGCUUGUAUGAUAAAGGGGCUUUGUUCCGUAAGCGCCAGAAACUGGUGAAAAUAAAAAGAGAUCAUGCCAUUAACACAAAAAAUUAAUUUAGAGUACAAUAUCAGAGAUAUAUAAGAGAUACAAGAUUCAUUUGUCUGAUAUUCACUUCAAAGAGAAGAAGAAUAAAAGCAGAAAUAAUGAAUAUUGCAGUUGAGACAUUUAUAUAACUUUCCUUACAUUUAUGUAAUAGAGUAUAUAAAUAUAUAUAUUAUACAUGUAUACAUAUAUGAGAAGAUAUUGUAUAAUAUAUUUGAACUGAUAAAAGUUCAAAUCAAACAAAUGGGUUUUGUGAUGUGAAUGAAAUACGUUUUUUCUUUGCAUUUAUCAAUCUUUAUUCGUUACAAAAAAAAAGGAUGCUAUUAUAUUGUGUUAAACCCACAGCCAUACAACGACUACCGAGUACAGACAGAUACUAAUGGUGCGCUUGUAUUCAGCAAUUUCUUCCUCUCCAUUGUGUGCUGCGUUACAAUUUACGUUUAUCACCCUUAGGCAUCCGUCUGUACUCCCUUCAAAUUGUAAUGUCGAAAUAACGAUGCUUCGAGAGUGUUUUAACGAUUAAUAAUUUCUUAAUUUGUGAUAUAUGCAAUUACAUUUAUGUUCGUUUAUGUUGUCCAAUAAGGAACAUUGAAGAGAGCGAUUGGGUUAGCAGUAUUUGUUCUUUUAACAAUGAUAUGAGACUGUGGGAAAGCUAAAUAUGAUAGACGUAUGACUGUCAAUUAAAUGGACAGUUUGAAUAAAGAAUUCCUGAAGAAAACGCUCGAUUAAAUGUUCAAUUGAAUGCUAUUUCCACUUUCCGUCGAGUAAUAUUUAACUGAACGCCGCAUAUUUAUAUGUCAAGAGCGUAUUCUUCGGUCGCGAUAAUCGAAUUGUACGGAUGCUACCGAGUUCCAGUUGAGUCUACUAAAUGAACAGAUAAUUUCAUGGAAAGUAUAGGAAACGUAUUUGUUCCUACAAUCGCGCCCACCUGUGCAUUCAAAAUGAUUUUUCUUAAUUGUAUUCAGCAUUAUAUUCAUUUAUACUAAUAAUAAAAAGUUUAUAAAUUAACCGUACAAAUGUAUUCGUGAUUAUUAUUUUUCACGAGAGUAACAGCAGCUAACUGUUUUUAAGUGAAUAUUAAGUUAGGAUAAGGCUUUCAUAUAGAGAGCAUAACAAAAUCGAAAGAAUUUAAAUGGACAAAUUGUUCAUAUUUUAUGUAUAUAUAAAUCGGUUAGGUAUUUGCAUGCAGAGCCGGUUUAUAGUUUUUUUCUCUUUAUAUAAGAACGCUAUUUUAUCAUAUUGAAAAAAUGCAUUUUCUUGAAAACUUAAAGAGUCGAUAGAUAUUUUCAAUGUUAAUCCGAGAUUUUGUAAUAAAACUUAACGAUUUAAAAAAUAUUGUAUUCUGCAAAUAAAUUUGUUUCUUGUUUCGCCA